AUGGAGUUUGAGUGUAGUUGGGACAAACACUUGGCUUUGAUAGAAUUUGCUUAUAAUAAUAGCUACCAAUCGAGUAUUGGAAUGCCUCCCUAUGAAGCCCUAUACGGAAGGAAAUGUCGGACCCCUCUUUGUUGGAGUGAAGUUGGUGAAAGAAAGCUUGUUGGUCCUGAAAUUGUGCAACAAAUAGAGUUCAACGUAAAAAUUAUCAAGGAUCGUCUAAAGAUUUCUUCGGAUCGACAAAAGUCGUAUGCGGAUCUUAAAAGGCAUGACAUUAAAUAUCAAGUGGGAGAUAAAGUAUUCUUAAAGGUGUCUCCAUGGAAAAAGAUUAUGAGAUUUGGCCAAAAAGGAAAACUUAGUCCUCGAUUCAUUCGACCUUAUGAGAUACUUCAAAGGAUUGGACUAGUUGCAUACAAUGUCUUUCAUGUUUCCAUGCUUAGAAGAUAUCGUUCUGAUCCAUCGCAUGUUCUUCUAGUUGAAUCUAUUGAGGUUAAUCCUGACUUGACGUAUAAUAAAGAACCUAUCCGGAUUGAAGCUCGAGAAGUAAAGCAAUUUAGAAACAAGAGAACUCCCUUAGUAAAGGUGGUUUGGAGGAACCAUUCUGGAAAGGAAGCUACCUGGAAAAGAGAAGAAGACAUGAGAACCCAGUAUCCACACUUGUUCAGGGACUAG